GGAAGUAUCGAGGAAGAAGAAAAACAAAACAAAGCCUUGCUAGCAGUGACAGCGUGAGGACUCCAGUGGAGGCUCAGACCCACAAAACACUUGAGAGCUUUUUGCACGCAGCAGGACGCUGGCACGGCCCGCCUGGAGACUUGAUCCGGCACAGACGUCACGCGUGCACGUGGUGACACGCCUGACCACAUUGGAUUGAGACGGCAUACUGACUCCGCCCCCUCCCCUCUCCCCCAGACAUCUGCACACCACUGGGACCAGACAGGAGGCCCGGAGGUUCCCCCCCACUCCCCACCCCCGCUGGAGCUCUAAGCUGUGCCUUGCGAUGCCUCAGCCCAGUGUCAGUGGGAUGGAGCCUCCCUUUGGGGACGACUUUCAGAACUACUCCUUUGCUGACCAGGCGCUGACCAGCACUGAGCUGCUAGCCAACACCUCCGACCCAGAUUUCAUGUACGAACUGGACAGAGACAUGAGUCACAGACAGAGCCCCUACAGCGAUGGCAUGGUCGGCGUCCCCGAGGCGGUCAAAGAGUCUGACAGCGGCGGCACAGAGCAGCUGAUGUUGUCGGGCGAGUGCGACACCGUGCAUGGCAACUCGGCGUUUGAGCAGUGGGACUCGUACUGGGAAGACCUGACGAGAUACACUCGCUUGGCCAGCUGUGACAUUUGGGGCACCAAGGAGGUGGACUUUCUGGGAAUAGACGACUUCUCCAGUCCUUACCAGGAUGAGGAGGUGAUUGGCAGAACUCCCACCUUGGCUCAGCUAAACAGCGAGGACUCGCAGCCCGUUUGCGAGGCGCUCUACCCUCCUGUCGACCUCACCCCACCGGCACCGCCACUACCGCCCACGCAGCCCGCCUGCCCCUAUAAGAGACCCCCUCUUCUCGGCUCAGGCCCCGGCCUUUCCCGGCCCUCUGCGAGCUCCUCCUCGUCUCGCCACUGCCGGAAUCUCCUCCUGGACUUCCCAGAAGGCUUCCAGAAGGCCACCAGGCCGGUCCCUUCCAGCACUGAGACUAUGACAAAGACGCAGCACCCCCUGAGUCCCGCGCCGGAACACAGCCACGUUCCAGUCAAAGUCCAGGGGCGAGCAAGCAAGAUGGCCUCUCCUGCCUCCAGCAGCUGUGACUUUGUGCGCAAGGCUAAGGUUCGCGUGAGCACCGCUUAUAAAAGUCAGGCCGAUGCACCCUCCCAGACUUACUUUGAGAGGUUAGACGCUCCUCAUGACAACAUGGCGUCCACCUCCAGCAGCGGCAGCUUUGAAAGGAGGGCGGAGCCGAGCAGGAGAAGAGAGACGACCGCGGUGUGGUCCGCUGCCCCUCAGCUGCUGGAGGCCUGCCCUGACCUGGAAGGUGGAGCGUCAGCAGCGAGCAGCGGUGAGGUUGUGGGCGGGGCCAGCGGCGGUGAGGGCACGGAUGUCGUCGAUGGCACAGAGAAGAGCAAAGAAGAACACAACUACUCGCUCUUCCUGACACAAAGCCGCCUGGCGGGACGAAGCCACUCCCAACUGGUGGAAGAGGAAGAGGAGGAGGAAGACGAGGAAGAAGAGGCGGAGGAGGAAGAGGAGGAGGAGGAGGAGGAAGGCGAUGGGCUGGAGCUGGACGAUGAAGACCACGACGAAGGCUUCGGCAGCGAGCACGAGCUUUCUGACAACGAGGAGGACGAGGAUGAAGACUAUGAAGCCGACAAGGAUGACGACAUGAGUGACGCUUUCUCCGAGCAAGGCUGCGAUGUGGCGCUGAUGGACGACGUCAAGGGUCUGACGGCGGGGGCGUCGAGCCGCAAGAGAGCAAAGCGCCGCUACUUCUGGGAAUACAGCGAGCAGUUGACACCCUCCAAGCAGGAACGCAUGCUUAAACCUUCUGAGUGGGACCGACACACGCUGCCCAGCAACCUGUACCAGAAGAACGGACCCCUGCACGGCAAGUACACGUUGAAGAAGUCUCGGCGUACAGAUGUGGAAGACCUGACUCCCAAUCCUAGGAAACUUCUUCAGAUCGGCACAGAGCUACGAAAACUCAACAAGGUCAUCGGCGACCUGACGCCUGUCAGCGAGCUGCCCAUCACUGCACGCCCCUGGUCACGCAAGGAGAAAAACAAGCUGGCAUCCAGGGCGUGUCGUCUGAAGAAGAAGGCUCAGUACGAAGCCAACAAGGUCAAGCUGUGGGGACUCAGCACAGAGUAUGAUCGCCUGCUGUUCGUCAUCAACGCCAUCAAGGAGGAGAUCGUCACUCGCGUGGAGGACUCGUCCCCUCAGUCCAGCAGCAUGAGCGACACACUGGAACGACUCAUCCAGGAGACACUCGUGGCAUCUCCUGUUGCUGGGCAGACUUCAGACUUCGUAAACAAGAUCCUAGAGAACACGGGAUGCGGCGACCCCACUGGUGGACUGGUGGGCCUGCGUGUGCCCACCUCUAAAAUCUAGACAGACGGCGGUCCACCCAGCGGCGUGGACUCAGCGUUCCCACCGUGCUGUCCCUCUGUAACCACGCUCCUCUGCAUGCCCCUCCCACCCAGAGUACAUGCACAUGUUUAGUCACACGAGCACACAUCGUACAUGUGUGUGUGUGUGUGUGUGUGUGUGUGCUUCUUGUAGCACCUUGUCGCACCUGAAUGACGCCCUCGCUUCCCGCACCCCACGCCGCCGCUUCGCCCCCGACUGGCUCGUCGUGUCUUUGGUCUACAACGCCCCCACAGGCGAGCGUGUUGUUAGCAUGCAUCUCACGCAGCAGCACGUCAAGUCAGCAGCUUUGGUUGCCACGGCAACAACCAAGAACAGCGUGCUUGCCUGCACGUGUUCCCAAACCUAAGGGGGACGUUCCACGUGGACGGAGUGUAACGGGCAUCGGUUGGAAUGAUGAAGAUGAAGCUCCUCUGGGAGGACGGUGGCUCCCCACCCCUUUGUGUACUAUCUGUACAGUAGACGUGAGCGCUCAGAGUGUGUGUUCAUACUCGUGUUUGAUCCCACUUCUAUUCAUUGUGCCUUGCGUGUGUGUGCGUGUGUGUGUGCGUGUGUGUGACGGCGGGAGCUGUACUUUGUGUGUGCGAGUGGGAGGAGAUGCCUGUGAAGGUUGUGAUGUGUUCAAAGAUCUCGUGAAUGUACGUUAAUAUGAGCGCUCUGCUUGCGUGAUGCCACAGAGUCACUGUGUGUGUGUGUGUGUGCGCGUGUGUGUGUGUGUAAAUGUGUGGCCUCUGCAAUAGAUGACUUUUGCUUGUUGGUACUCUCUCUAGUGAGGAGGGGCAGGGUGUGGGGUUGGGAGGGGGGGAGAUUUACUGAGAGCUAUUUUUGAGUUACGAACGAAUAUUUGCACACUCUAUUUUGAUUGUUUUUGUACCAAAGACACAUGCAACAAGAUGGCGACCAGCCAGUCAACGUAAGGUUUUGCACAGCUUACCUGACGCCGUAUUGAAUGUAACACGUGACACAGUGUGUGCGGGGAUCGGUAGGGGGGCUUUGGGGGACCUCGGAGAACUGUGAAACUAGUUGGGUCCAACACAAAAGGAACAUUCAUUUCUUUCAGUUUUUGGCCAACCUGCUAGCGCGGCGAGAUAAGCUAACGUCGACAACCAAAAUGUUCCCGCAUUUGUCCGGAAGAUGUACAUAAGCCGGUUGUCGUGGCAACCGAGUCCUCCUCCAGCAUGGCGCCGUGUAAUGUCCCCUCCGCAUUGACACGUUGUCUGUUUUUCUACUUUAGCCGCCGGCUGGUGUCAAAGGUUGGACACACAAUCAGGAUUGUUGUCAUGGAGAAGUCAUGUGACCUUUCCCCCCCAUUAGCUUUUCGACGACACGUUAAAUACACGCCUUGUGGGUGUUGCCGUGUGCGCGCGCGCGCACGUGUGUGUGUGUGGUGUUCCUCCUCGCGGGACAUGCUGACAUUCCCAGGAAUUUGAACUAUUAAUGAAUCAUUCGUAGAUUUCAUCGUGCUCCACACGUAUAUAUAAUAUAUAAAUAUUUCUAUUUUUAAUGAUGUGGUUCCGUCUAAAGAAGGGAGAACUGGUGCUUUUUUUGGGGAAGGAUGAUCCAAGAUUCUUAUUUGACUCGCUCUCCUCUCCCGUCCAUUUCCAUUUUUUUAGUUUGCAUUUUUUUGUAAAUAGUUCUGAAGUUAAGCUACGUGGUAGAUUAUCUACAGUAUAUAUAAAUAUGUGUUGAAAAUACUCUAUAUGUUUCAAGCAAAAGCACUUUGUCCAAAAAAGAAAAGAGAAAAAAGGAAAAGAAAAACAUUUUUUCUUCCAUUUGCUGCUAAACGGCCUGGUGUGUGAAUGCUGCAAGACGACUACUUGCUAGGGCGACCCCCGACCCCACCUCCCGUGACCCCAUGUUUCACCUGGCUCGGUCCAGUCUGCGACCCGGUCUGUGAGCGACGUUUCCAAAAUGUUCUGUUUGUGUGGCAAACGGGGGGUGUGCGUACGUGUGUGUGUGUGUGAGACGGGCCGGGUCUAUGUCCUGGACGGUGUGUUGCCUUGAGUAGAAGUUUCCUAUGGAAAAACAGAUUGUGCUUUGACUUCCUCUUCAGGGUGAUGUACAGUGUAGACGGCUACAUUGUCAUUUGUUAACUGAUUUCUACUUGUGACUUAACAAGGAGGCGGGGUUUAGAAGUUCUAUAUAUAUAUCACUGUACUGUAUGGCAAGCCAACCAUGAAGACUCAAUGUGGACUCUUUCUGCCUUCCUAAACAACUUUCACCACUCAACAAUAAAGCAUGGGCAGGAGGCGUGGCCACGGGGGCCUGCUCUGCCCAUAUCCGGUCAACUUCAACAAACCCACUCAGCCUGAUUGGCUCAGAACCACCUUGACUGAAGUAGCAUCCUUGUCAGUUUUGCAGGGGGAAGGGGGUCAACCUGUGGUUCACGGUCCGCUGGCUGACCAACAGUAGACUGGCUGUCAAACGUGUGUGUUUGUGCGUGUGUGUGUGUGUGUGCGUAUGUGUGUGGCAUGGGAACGUAAAAAGACUCUGUGGCAUUUUUACAGUCCAGGAGAUGAAAGGAGAGAAAAUGGCCGCCACCGAGCUAGCGAUAAUGUGUACCUUUGUGCUACUUUGUCGGCAAAUGUGGAUGGCGACGCUCUUCUUCAGCAAAUCAGGGUAAUUUUUCCUUCUUCUGUGUAACGUGUGGAGUGCGAAAGUGGGCGUGGCCACCGGUGACUAGUCAGUGUCAAUCAACAUGGUGCAACGCCCCCCCCCCAGCAGGCCAACAGACUUUUUCUCCAGCGUGCUCCGGUGCGGCUCGGUCACAUGGUGCUGAUCGCUUCCCGUCGGCCUCUAUGAGCAUGCCUGAAGUUGUCUUUGUAAAAGCAAGGACUCACGCCUCACCAACGCCACCCAAUAAAAAAGGAUUCUCGCUAAUUCCACACGUCACGGCAUAUCAUAGCAGGCCCACAUACCCGACCCUUGGUGGCUAUGAGCAGUCGAGUAAUGACGUCAUUGUGUUCUUUGAACAGGAAAGUACCGACGAUGCUCAUGGCACACCUAACGCAUUCUCUGCUCUGCCGCCCCCUUGUGGCUUUUUGUCAGGACUGCCGGUUAGCUGGCUCAGGCUAACGUUGGGCGGCGUGGUCAGACGUGAGUCUUGCUUCCAGAAGUUUCCGAGGCAUUUCAAAUGUUUCCUGUACAACACUUUUGCUCCAAAACGUUUGGAAAAGCAGUUCGAGCGAGUGUGGUCAUGUGACCGCAGGGCUCGUUGGACUCACUUUCUCAGUGGAAAGACUUCUACUUGCUGCUAUGGGACGAGCUCCAAGGGUUCUGGACUCUGUGUGUAAUGGACCUGCACUCACUCGGACCAGAACAUGCUAACUCCAGUAUGAGGCCUGCUCAACCCGGUGCCUUAAUCUGAUACCAGAACACCAGUCUGCACCUUCAUCCGUCAGUCAGAACCCCGAGCCGGGCUUCUCACAACUUUUCUUUGACUGUUUGGGGAACCCGGUUCUGUUCUGCCCUUCUCUGCUCACUACGCCGCCUCAAAGCGUUCGGAGUCGCGUCAUACUUUACCAUUUUUUUUCUAAGCAAAGUGCCAGGCCUCGCUUUAGAUGGUGCUAGCAUAUCCGCGGCUAAGUGCUGUCAUGGCCCAAACGUUUUUUUGUUUUGUUGUUGUUGUUAUCAUUGAGUUCCACGUGCUGCUGCUGCUGCUUAGCUUAUGAAUAUGAUGAUGAUGAUGAUGAAGAAUGUAGAGUCCUCCUCCUCCCACUUCCUGUCAGGCCUUGAUUGUCUCUUUGUGUCGCCGCUCCUUCCUGUUGUUCAUAUGACCUUGUUUGGAUUCAUUUUGAUUAAUUCGCAUUUAAACUGUGGAGUAUUUUGUCUCUUUUUGCGCUGGUGUCACUUAAUAAGGCGAGCGAACACUUCAGUCUCGUGACGUGGCCGCCAGGUGGCAGCAGCAGUGAACGUUGGCCUGAAGCAGCUCUUCAAAAAGACGACUUUUUGGUGGCGCUUCUGCUCGCGUGUAUUUGACUGGCAAGAUGGCGGAGAAAGGUGCCUCAUUUAGUUUUAAAAACGAAUAAAUCGUAAAUUUGGCUCAGUCAUGUCACAAUAGCAACAAAAGUCUUCGGGAUUUUCUGGAAAAGCUUUUGGGUGCUUUUUUUUUCUUUUAUUCCACAUUUUUCCAGAAGGGCUUUGAGGUCAGUGAAGGCCGGUGGGCAGAGACCCCGCCCCACCACCCUACCCUCAAUCCCACCCCCACCCAUCGUGGUUCCUCUGGUGCAGACUGAACUUCCCAACCUGAUCCAAGUUCCCCGGCGACACAAUUCCGCGACUGAGGAGGAAGCUUUUCCCUCGUUCAAGUUUUCCUCGGAAGUCCAGCGCUACACAUCGCCGUGGUUGUGAUGCUCGUGGUCUUGUACGGUGACAUUAGCGGACAGCGUGGGAUGUUUGCGUGCUUGUAGUUACCUCCCCACCAGCCCCACCCGCUGUCGCUAGGACGGCCCACUUCAUGGCUCUACUUCUUGUCAUCCAGAAAGACAACCUGCUGAAACCAACUUCCUCUCUUUAGCGACCACGUCUAUCUUUGUAGUUCACAUAUAUGCCUGUUAUACAAGUACACUUGUUCUAUUUAUGUUGUGUAAGAAAUGUCGUGCUACUCAACUUUGCUUUCUUUCUUUUGGAGGCACACGCAUGGUCAUCUAACGGAUGUUUUUUUUAUUGUUAUAAUUUUUUAUUUGUAAUGGUUGUACUGUAACAACAAGUCAUUGUGUAUCAGAGCUUCUUGCAAAAGAUUUGGUGUCUGGCUGCUCGACACUCGCCCACAAUCUCUGUGGUGUUUGUGCCUCUUUGAUUUGUCCAACAAUCAUUGUUUCGCUCUUGUAUCAGCCAGGAGUUGGUACUGCACCUCUGCUUGUAACCACAAUAGUCCCAUUUUCUUCAUUGAGUUUAAUAUCAAAUAUAAUAAAACCAUUAGCACCCCAA